CAGCGAUGACGAUUUCUCGUCGAGUCUCGUUUCGGGCUCUCGUUCGCGUUGCCUGCUGGCUGCUCUGCCGUUGUGGUGGCUGUGCUGUCCUGUGUGUGAUAUUUGGCCAACGCCAUCGGUGAAUCGGAGCUCGACCCCCUUCCCCACCCAACGACAAGACAGCGAGGAAUUUUCGCGGUACCCUCACACCACCCCUGCCAUUCCCAUGACUCCAAAAUGACUGUGGACUUCCGCGACUACUUCUGGGGAGAAAAGAACAAUGGCUUUGAUGUGCUCUACCAUAACAUGAAACAUGGCUAUAUCGCGGCCAAAGACUUGGCGGAGUUCUUCCGCGAGAGGUCCCUGGUGGAGGAGUCCCACUCGAAGUUGCUGUCGAAGCUUGCCCGCCAGGCAGCUGGCUCCUGCUCGACGGGCACCUUCGGCCCCCUAUGGGGGGUGCUGCGCUCUACCUCCGAGAAGCUCUCUUCACUCCAUGCGCAGAUGGUGGCACAACUGCAGGACCUGGUCCGGGAGGUGCAGCGCUACUGCGAGGAGCAGCACCGGCGGCACAAGCAGGUGAAGGAGGAGGAGGCGCCAACGCUAGAGGUGGUGCAGGGCCUGCAGCAGACGACAGGGGCUUUGGUCAAGGCCCGCGAGGCCUAUGCUGCCCGGUGCCUCGAGCUGGAGAAGCUCAGGAGGGAGUCCUCUCCCAAGGACCUAGACAAGGCAGAGGCCAAGGCUCGCAAGGCAUGCGAGGAGUAUCGGCAAUUGGUGGAGCGGCACGGUGCGGUGCGGGCAGACUUUGAGCGGCGCAUGGCUGGCUCCUGUCAGCGGUUCCAGGAGAUUGAGGUGGGCCACCUGCAGCAUAUGAAGGAGUUCCUGGCGGGGUAUGCGCGUGUACUCGACAGCAGCCACGCCCUCGUGGGACAGGUGCAUGCCGAGUUUCGGCAGCAGUGCGACGCCCUGGAUGUCGACGCGCUGCUGCGUCAAUUUGCAGCUGCCCGUCAGACGGGCUCCGAGAAGCCAGAGGCGAUCACCUUCGAAGAGCCCGACCCGAGUCUGCAGUUGACGCCGACGAAUGCGGGUACCACGGGCUCACCGCCAUUCUUCACGACAUCCACGCCUGCACCAACCGGGUCUGGCUCCGAGAACGGGCCUGUGCUGCCAGCCGACUUCUGCCCGGCUGCAGCAGCGGCGGCGCCGGCGCCAUCUUCAGCUGCGACCAACGGUCCGCAGCCGCCUGCGGCUAAGAAAGAAGGCGCAGGAGUCGAUGCCAACGGCAGCCAAGCCAACUCCACAGCCGCUCCCAAGAGAGAGUCACUUGCCCGAACCUCGCUGCGAUCAUCUAAAUGGUUCUUGAGGACCAAGUGGGAGCGGCAAAAAGAGAAGCGCAAGCGCAAGAAGGAGAUGUCUUCCAAGGAUGCGUCGACCACGAGCGGAGAGGCGCGGCCGCCUGGGUGGCGCUCGCUCCUCAGGGCACGAGCCGCUCUGGGCCGAGCCGGCGGCAGUGGCACUCUGCACGAACCGUCGCCGCCAUGCGAGCGCAACGCGCUCCGACGGCUUUCUGUCGAGCAGCCCCGAGCCACCUCCGACCUCGAUUCGCUCUUCCACGUGCCGGUCCCCACGGCAACCACCUCAGUUGCACCGGUGCCCACCAGAGACAGCAAAGAAUCUGAAGAACAGAACGCCGAAGUCGACGAAGAAGGUUACACAGUACGGCCAUCAUCGGAGCGUCACAAAGAAAAUGACAGGGACAGUUUCUACUCAAGUUCAGACGGCGAUUCAGACGAUGAAGAGAGAGACAGGAGGAUCCACAUAGAAAUCAAGCCCUUGAGCAACGGUGCACCAAUGAGUGCAAGUGUUGAUGAGCUGCGCGCCACCAUUGGCUCACUAUCACUGUCACCAAUUCCCCAGCAUUCUAGUCGGAGGCCAGAAACGCUGUACAUCAGGCACAAGGCACGGAGAGCGUACAACAGCGCCUCGUCGACGCCAGAUGAAGCACCCAAGAGACCAGCAAAUCAAAGUUCAAAGGACAGUACAGGCAUAGGCAGCGGCACGGAAGCUGACAUGCUCGGCUUGUUCCCACUGGACACGAGCGCAUCAACGCCCACCACGCGACUUCAAAGUCCGCUGGGCCAGGGUGAGCCAGCAUCGCAGCCUUCUGCGUCGAGCAACGUUCCCUCCUGGGACCGAUAUGCAGCAUUGAGUGACUUAUUCAACGACAAGGCACCGGCCGACUCGUCGAGUUCAGAGGCCAGCAAAGGAGCGACCACCAGCAGAGGAGGAACGCCAACAAGUGCCUUCACAGGGCCUGCGCUACCAAGGCCACCGUCUAGACGAUCAGAGGCCGUACGUGGUCGGGCGUCACCACUGCCCAUGAGCCGGACGGAGAGCGUGGGCAGCCUGAGCAGUGACUUCAAGACAACGCCCAUGCCCCUGGGGUCGUCACGGGGUCCCUCACCACUCACGAUUGGCCUGUGCGACUCCAUACCACUGGCCAUCGCCUUCCAGGAGGUGGUACAUGCUCGUUUCCGAGGAACUGACGAGACCCUCUGCCAGGUGAAGCUCCUGGGCGACAUGAAGGUGUCCUUCCCUGCGGGUAUUGUGCACGUUCUGACAAACAACCCAUCGCCAGCCACGCUAACCUUCAGGGUCAACACAGCUCGCUUUGACAAUGUCCUACCCAACAAGAACCUCAUCACAUUGGACGCGAGUCAGUCAACGAGCGACCGAUGUGUUUACGAGUUCAACAUGUCGUUGCUGACGGGCUUGCUGCGGCGGCAGCACGAGCAGACACCGUCGGCGUCCUACUUCAACAUCGACAUCCUCAAGUACCAUGUGCGGGCGGGGCCUGGUGCUCGGUCGGCGCCCCUGCACCUGGUCGCCUACUGGAAGACGCAGGAGGACAACACCAACCUCAAGAUUGACUACGAGUACAAUGCCAAGGCCCUGAGCCUGCCGGCAGGCACUGGGGCCACUGGGGUGAGCCAGCCUGCGUCAGCAAAUCCGGCACCAUCAGCACCAGGGCUUCCGCCAUUGACAGGACUAUGUCUGGGUGUGCCCAUGGACGGUGGUGUAACGAGUGUGCAGGCCAAGCCUUCGUGUGUGUGGAACGGGGAGACCCAGCGGGCCCUGUGGAGGCUGAACGACCCGCUGGGUGGAACGGCAGGCGGUCAGCGGGGCGGGUCCGUGCUGGCACGCUUUGCCCUGUCACGAGGCCCCUCUACGCCUCGGCCCCUGGAGGCACGCUUCCUCUGUGAGGGAGCAACACUGUCCGGUGCCAGCUUUGAGCUGAUUGGCCAGGGCUAUCGCGUGUCUCUAGUCAAGAGGCAAAUAUUGUCGGGCAAAUACCUAUGUGAGCCGUGACAUUUGCCCGCGACGGCGAUGACGGGCCGUCCCCUACCACCUGUCCCCGCUUCCCCGCCGUCAAGCCCCGACGAACAAGACAGCAGCGCUCCACAACCAACCAUGGCAGCGGUGGCGGCGCCUGUGCCGGUCGCUGGUCCGACCGACGAGCGUGUCGCCACUCCGCCUCCCCCCUCCUUUGAUCCACCUCCUCCGCCCCUGCCCCCACUUCUCCUUCGGAGACCUUCCUGUGAGGUCCUCCAGCCUCCUGUCACUCAAACCCAACCCGCCCCUGAAGCUCCGCCUCUUGUCGCUCAAACCCGAUGUACUGCGCCCGAUGUCCCGUCCCCACCCCAGCAGCAGCAGCAGCAGCAGCACCAGGCCUCGCCUCCCCCUAUAUUUGCCCCGGCUCACAUCUCGGCCCUCACCGUCACCGUCGUCGCAGCCAGCGUCUUCUGCCUAGCCUUGCAAAUUGUGGCACUCUGGCGACGUAGCAGUUAGUAGGUCAACGAGGAGAAAACUCUAUAAAAGCGUGCACGCGCGUGCCCACCACUGGGUGUGAGGACAGAAAAUGGCGCACUUAUUGCCCUUCUCGACUUUCCUUCACUCCAUGUCCUCCCACUUGCCGAGACGAGAGAGAGUUUGACAAGAGCCGACGAAUGUUCCCUCUUGUAGACAAAAUGUCGAAGCGGGCUAUCUUGUGUCCGUUUACUUGUGAAAACUGGCAGUCAUUGCAUCGUGCCCAUCCUAUUUCAUGCUGCGGAAAUGACCUCUGGAAGGUGCCCGUGGUACACAACGGUUGUGGUAGAUGCCCGGUGGAUACAGACCUUUCUUUCAGGACGACGCGAGCCAGAACAUGUUUUCCCCGAGUGGCGACGGUGGUGGCGGCGGUGACGGCGGCAGCGCAGAUGUGACCGGCUUCAUGGCAAACCUCGUGCAAAAAUGUUUUCCUUCUCUUGUUGGCUUGUUGCCGACGGUGUAAUAUAAACUGACUGACGGUCGCACCUGCCCUGCUGUGUUUUCACCGUGUAUUGUGUACAUAGAGAGGAUAUUUUUUAACGAGACUCGAUCCCUGUCUUUUUGCCUUAUGCCUCCUUUGUGCUUUGCCUCCUGUUCUGCCUGCAGUCUGCCAGUUGCCAUUGCAGACGACGUGCGUUCGCAGACUAAUUACUGCUGCGGUUACCGUUGCCUCUGCCGUCGCAUUGUCUGUGUUUUCCCGCGUGACCUUGUAAAUAUUGCAGUUAAAGAGAGACCACCUCAAGAACAGCCUGAAGUUGCUGCUUGCUCUUUCUCCCUCGUUUUAAUUAAAUAACUUGUCGCUUGUUCGGCAAUUACUUGUUUGCUCUAGCCUUUAUCUUUAUUUUUUGGAAUGAAUGCGUUGUUUAAAUGUACCAUCCGUUGUUGCUUGACAUUUGUCUAACCUUAAGUAUAUACAUAAAUAUAUACAUUAUAUAUAUAUAUAUUAUAUAUAUAUAUAUAUACACACAAUGUUGUUGAUUUGA